GCGGCCAUUCGACCUCAGCCUAAAGGCGAAAAGAUCGAGCGUGAGGUCCGAGUACCCAUCCAUUCACCGGCCAGUGGCCAUCACACCACCACCAGGGGUGGCGCUCAUCGCUCCCAAGGGUGACCGACCCCUGGACUGGCCGCACCAGCCGGCGUACCUGCCCCACGGCUACAUGCCGCUCACGCUCUACCCCAUGCCAGCCGCAAGCGACUACUACGCGCCCCUGAUUCCUCCUCCUUUGGUGGCCAGCCAUCCGAUGACGCCACGCGAGCUGGCCAAGCAGAGCCCACCCCAGCGAGACGCCGUGGUUCCCUCGUGGUCAUCUGGCGUCUCAUCUUCCUCUUCGGACGAAAAGGAGUCGCGUGGCUCCCCAGUUCCCUCAGAGCGACCCCGGAGGCGGCCCGAGAACGCGCCACGCUACCCUUGCACCGGCUGCAACCGCAGCUACUCCACCUACAGCGGCCUGUCAAAGCACCGGCAGUUCCACUGCUCCGCCACCACGAGCAAGUCCUUCUCGUGCAAAUAUUGCGAGAAGGACUACUCAUCCCUGGGCGCACUCAAGAUGCACAUCCGCACGCACACGCUUCCCUGCAAGUGCAAGCUGUGCGGCAAAGCCUUCUCGCGACCCUGGCUUCUUCAGGGCCACAUCCGGACGCACACCGGGGAGAAGCCAUUCGCCUGCCCGCACUGCAGCCGAGCCUUCGCCGACCGCUCAAACCUGCGCGCCCACUUGCAGACGCAUUCGGACAUUAAGAAGUACAGCUGCAAGUCGUGCAGUCGUACCUUCUCGCGCAUGUCCCUGUUGCUCAAGCAUGAAGACGGUGGCUGCCCCGCCGCAGCGCUCAACCGCAGUCAGCCUAAGCCGUAGGUGCGUUCCGUAGGGGUAUUAUUUAUAACAUG